CGUGGUUUCGAGGUCAUUUACAUGACUGAACCCAUUGAUGAAUAUGUCAUCCAACACUUGAAGGAGUACAAGGGAAAGCAAUUGACCUCCGUUACCAAGGAAGGCUUGGAGCUACCUGAAGAUGAAGCCGAGAAGAAGAAACGCGAGGAAGACAAAGCAAAGUUCGAAAACCUUUGCAAGCUGAUGAAGUCAAUUUUGGAUAACAAAGUUGAAAAGGUGGUCGUAUCUAACCGAUUGGUUGAAUCGCCAUGUUGUAUUGUGACAUCGCAGUUCGGUUGGUCUGCAAACAUGGAACGUAUCAUGAAGGCGCAAGCUUUGCGUGACACCUCUACCAUGGGCUACAUGGCCGGCAAGAAGCAUUUGGAAAUCAAUCCCGAACAUCCGAUCGUUGAGACUCUGCGUCAAAAGGCUGAAGCUGACAAAAACGAUAAGGCUGUUAAAGACUUGGUCAUCCUGCUCUUCGAGACUGCGCUGUUGUCAUCCGGUUUCUCGUUAGACAGCCCACAGGUGCAUGCUUCCCGCAUUUACCGUAUGAUCAAGCUAGGUCUUGGUAUCGAUGAGGAAGAACCAAUGGCGACUGAAGAUACACAGAGCGCUGGUGAUGCUCCUCCAUUGGUUGAUGACACCGAAGACGCUUCUCAUAUGGAAGAAGUCGAUUAAACUAAGUCCUGACUUUAAUUUAGCGUUCCAAAAUCUGAGUGCGGAUUGCUACACUCCUACAUCAUAAGUUCAUUUAGUCUACACAAUUUUGAAUUCGUUAAGCGAGCAUCUCUAAAAUCGUCGAAUAUUUGUCGACUACUUUUUAUGUUCAAUUUUUAUGUUUGGAAUAAGAUUUAAUUUUUGUCGCGUUUUAAGCGGCUCUUGUAUAUCCCAAGGAUUCAAAAAUGAUGGUUUUCAUUUUUAAAUCGAUGUAUGCGUGUGAGAAUCUACAUAGAAGUAAAUGUUUAAAUGAACUUAA